AUGGCUACAGGAAAGGCAAAGCGAUCCCCAGAAGUGAUAGAAGAUAUUCUAAUACAAAGAAUCUUCUUAGUCACGUUAACAGAUGUUGACAAUAAACAGUUGAUGUAUUUAGAGAGCAUGGCAGCUGAGAAUCUCCGCCAAGGCAAGUCACUUCUGCUGAAUCCUGAUCUGAUGGAUGAAGUUCUUUUUGGUAUACUUUCAGGUCAGUUUACUGGUGAAUCGCUGUUUAAAUACCUUACAGGAUGUUAUGGUCGUGCUUUCAAAGAAGGUAAGAAGAUUGGUAAUAUGAAGGAUAUCGAUCUGCAGUCUUCUUUAUUGAAUGGUGUUGUAGAACGAGCUAAGAAAUUAGUUGCUAACUAUUGCCGGACUUACUUGCAUAACCCAGAUAUGUUUCCUAACAGUGAAAAGAUAUCAGCAGGUUCUGCUAUAUUGCCGAUAAUCUUUUCUGCAGUUUCAAAAAAUAGUACGGCAUGUGGAAACGAGUUCUUGAACGAGUUUUUUACAGAUCCUGAUGGUUAUGAUAGUAUGGCUCCAAUUUUUAAAGAUUUGUAUGAUAGUUUGAACCAUGAGAUAAGUAAAGUUAAUGAUUCGCCACUUGGAAAUUUUGUUCAACCCUUAAAUGCUUUAAGGAUGUUAGUGCGUUUUCCUAAUGGUGGAAAAGCAUUGGUAAGUCACCCUUCGUGGUUACCUAAGGGUGAAGCUGUGAACGGGCGCGUAAUCGAGAAAGAGAGUAUACUGGGUUCUUUUUUCCAUAUUAGUGAUCUGACUGACGUGAUGAUUGGGGGGGAGCUUGAUGAUCAGCUCGUAGAUUCCUCAACAUCUCACGUAUAUGAUGUUUCAUCUACAAACUUACCCGCAAUUAUGAGUAACUUGCACGACGGGCUUGAAGACGUUCUUUUAUGCUUGCUGAAUAGUAAGGAUACACGAGAGCGUGUUCUGGAGUAUUUGGGCGACGUCAUCGAGAAAAAUUCUUCUAGGGCGCACAUGAACAUUGAUAAGGUAACUUGUGCAAGUUCAGGCAUGUUUGUUAAUCUCAGUGUAGUGAUGCUCCGGCUUAGUAACCCGUUCAUAAACGAGUUAGAAAAGAGAGACAAGAUAGACGCGAAGUAUGUGUCUAAUGGUACUCAUUUGAACUUGAGAAGACUAACUCCUCUUCAUGCAUCCGAAGAAGAAAUUGGGGCGUGGGCUGAUGAAAAUAAGUCGAAGUCUGGGAAUAGUCGGUAUAGUUUUAUAUGCGAGUGUUUUUUUAUGACUGCUAGGGUCCUUAACUUGGGUUUACUCAAAGGUAUAAAUGAGUGCAAAAAUCUUACUAGAGACUUGUCGGAGUAUACAAAACUACUUUCCGAACAGGUAAAGCAACCUCCCUCUCCUUAUUUCCAAGAUGAGAUAGCACGCCUCAAUAAAAUAAUUGAUUUGGUAUCUGAUGAAAAGUCUAGUUAUGAGUUUCAGCUAGAUAUUAAUAUUCAGCAGGCAUUGUCUUUCUACCGGUUGAUGAUCGUUCGGUUGGUAGAUUUUGCUGGAGGGUUUAAAAUGCCUUUGCCAUCGAGUUGCCCUAUGGAGUUUGGUUGUAUGCCUGAACACUUUGUCGAUGACGCAAUGGAGUUGUUUAUAUUUGCCUCUGAGGCUAUGCGUGAGAGAUUGGAUCCAUUCUUGCUGAACGAUUUUAUGAACUUCAUUAUCAUGUUCAUCGCACGCCCGAAUUAUAUCAGAAACCCUUAUCUCAGAACCAAGAUGGUUAAAGGCUUGAACUAUUGGACGCCCAAGAGAAGUGAUUCUGAUACAGCAGUUACCCCUUUUCAAGGCCAUCAAGUAGCUCCUGUUUCCCCUUUUCAAGGCUAUCGAUUAGCUCUUGGUCAGUAUCUGGUUGAAUCUGUGUUGAAGUUAUAUGUCGACAUUGAGUCUACUCAAUUUUCAGAGAAAUUCUACAUACGUAAUGAAAUCACACAACAUCUCAAGUACUUGUGGGGAGAACCAAGCCAUCUGGAUGCAUGGAAGAAAUUUGCCAAAGAAGAGGAGAAGGGUGUUUAUUUGAACUUUUUGAAUUUCCUGAUAAACGAUAGCAUAUAUCUUCAGGAUGAAGGAUUCAAUAAAAUUCGGGAACUUAAAGAAAAGGAAAAGGAGGGGAAAGUCCAUCCUUGGGAGGAAAAUGAAGUCAGGGAGUACAUAAGGUUAGCGUUGGAAGAUAUCAACAUGCUAGCAUUCACUUCUGAGCAGAUUACUGCGCCCUUUCUUCUUCCUCAGAUAGUUGACAGAAUAGCUAAUAUGCUGAAUUACUUCUUGGUGCAACUAGUAGGCCCUAAACGGAUCUCUCUUGAGAGUGCUGAAAAAUAUGGGUUCAAACCGAGGAUAUUACUGAAGAAAAUUAUUAGCAUUUACGUUCAUAUAGCGAGGGAUGAUAAGGAAAAUACUUUUGCUGCUGCAAUUUGUAAAGAUGGUCGAUCAUAUAACGAAAAGUUAUUUACUGAGGUAGUAAAUAUACCUGGAUUAGGUGAAGAGAUGACAGCAUUGGGAGAGUUUGUUAACCUUAGUGCAAAGGUAAAACUUGCAGCUAUAGCGGAAAUGGACGUGGAAGCAUCCCUAGGGGAGAUACCAGACGAGUUCUUAGACCCAAUCCAGUGCACACUAAUGAAAGAUCCAGUGACUCUUCCUUCUUCUAAAGUUACGGUCGACCGUUUGGUCAUCAAAAGGCAUCUUCUUAGUGACUCCAAAGAUCCGUUCAACCGUUCAUAUCUUACCCAAGAUAUGCUCAUUCCCGAUGUUCAACUGAAAUCUCAAAUAGAUGAGUUCAUCAAGUCAAGAACCCAGCCUACUCCGUCAAGUUCAAACAACAUUACUCAAAGCACAGGAAUAUUUUAA